UGCAGUUUCUUGCUCACUGUAAGAACACAGCCCUGCCGCCUGUUCCUGUUGCUGCUGCCCUGACUCUCUGCCAUCUCUCUCCUCUCUUUUCUCUUCCUGCUUAGCUCCCUUCCUUCUGAUACCACUCUCAUAUGGAGACUAAUCACCCUAAACAGCUCUCAGCUGAACAGCCCAAAUCUCCUGGGGACAGCUCCUCACUCAAUCACAAUGGCCUGGGAAAGCAAGAUGGCCAGCCGCCCUUAACCUCACUCGGAGCACCAGAGCAGGAGACAAGUGUACACCCUGAGAAGGGAACCCACGACAUCUCUGAAGAGUUGAACCGGCAACUGGAAGACAUCAUAAGCAUGUAUGGGUCUGCUGCCAGUCCCACGGGGACCCAGGGCACCGCUAAAACAAAGGAGCAGCCUGAAAACACAGAGGCGCCAGACAAUGAGGACGGAGACUGUGAAGAAACCUUUGAAGAGACAGACAGAGAACCCACCGCUCCUGAAGAGCCAGCCGCAGCCAAAGAGUCCGUCAGCAAUAAAGAGCAAAAGCUGGAGAAGAAGAUCCUAAAAGGAUUAGGCAAAGAAGCUAACUUGCUAAUGCAAAAUCUGAACAAGCUGCCAACCGCCGAAGAAAAGCUUGAUUUUUUAUUCAAGAAGUAUGCUGAGUUGCUGGAUGAGCAUCGCGCGGAGCAAAAGAAACUAAGACUCCUGCGGAAGCAGCAGGCACAGACCCAGAGGGAGAGGGACCAGCUGCAGAGUGAACACAACCGAGCCAUCCUGGCUCGGAGCAAACUCGAGAGUCUGUGCCGGGAGCUCCAGAGGCACAACAAGACACUGAAGGAGGAAACCCUCCAGCGGGCACGAGAGGAGGAAGAGAAGAGGAAAGAGAUCACGAGUCAUUUUCAGACUACCCUGACAGAUAUCCAGACUCAGAUAGAGCAACAGAGUGAGCGGAAUAUGAAGCUCUGCCAGGAGAACACAGAGCUCGCCGAAAAACUGAAAAGCAUCAUCGACCAGUACGAGCUCAGAGAAGAGCAUCUGGACAAGAUAUUUAAGCACCGAGAGCUGCAGCAGAAGCUGGUGGACGCGAAACUCGAGCAGGCUCAGGAGCUGAUGCAGGAAGCGGAGGAGCGUCACCGGCGGGAAAAGGAAUAUUUGCUGAACCAGGCAGCAGAAUGGAAACUCCAGGCCAAAGUGCUGAAGGAGCAGGAGACAGUGUUGCAGGCUCAGCUCACCCUCUACUCAGGAAGGUUUGAGGAGUUCCAGAGCACACUGUCAAAAAGCAAUGAAGUGUUUGCCACUUUCAAGCAGGAAAUGGAUAAAACAACCAAAAAAAUGAAGAAGCUGGAGAAGGAUACAGCCACAUGGAAAGCCCGAUUUGAGAACUGUAACAAAGCUCUGUUGGACAUGAUUGAAGAGAAAGCCCUAAGAGCUAAGGAAUAUGAAUGUUUCGUGAUGAAAAUCCAGAGGUUGGAGAACCUGUGUCGUGCUUUACAAGAAGAGAGAAAGGAACUCUACAAAAAAAUCAGAGAAGCGAAAAUGUCCGAAAAGGAAGAGCAGGGUCAGCACACCUCUGAUGAAGAGCCAGAGUCAAAUGUCUCUGAAGAUAAAGAAAUAGAUGCAGAGGAAGCCAACAGUGUUCACAGCGCCGUGAAAAACCUGGCCACGGCUUUCACCAUCCUUCAUCAUCCGGAGUCCACCCUGGACCAAUCAGAGGAAAGACAGCCCGCAGUGACUAGUCCUCAGGGUGGAAGUGACAUCAUCCCCCAGCAGCCCGAACUAGCCCUUCUGAACCCUUCUGCUGCUUCGGGGAAUCCUGAGCCUCCGGUAGCUUCUCAGGCUGGGGCUGGAGGGGUCUGUGAGGCUGCACCUGCCUCUACAGCCAGCUGUAUCCCUACAGGGCCAGAGCUCCAAAGCCAGGGACUCCCUCCUGGGAAUCUCCUGGACCUGAAGCUCCAGGAGCCAGAGGCAAAAGCCUCUGGUCAGGCCCCACUGUCCCCAGCCCAGGGCUCCCUAGCUGUAGCGGAGGCAAAAUAUGCUGCUCCACCAUCUCCAGAGAGUGAGGGAGUCCCUGCUGUGGUGCCUGGUUGUGAGCCCAGGGAGCAGCCCCCACCAGCUGUCACAGAGAUCCCAGGCCCUCCCACGGGGCUCCCCAUAGAGGCGGACACCAGUCUGGAUGGAGUAGACUAAGACUCAUCGACUUUUUGGGCUGUUCACCCUGCUGAAUCUUCCUCACGGCAGAAUGUCUGUGAAAGAAACUUCAAGGACUAGGAAGAGAGUUAGGGUCAAGACAUUUGUAAUGUUGAGCCUUUGCUGCUGUUCGCAAUUUAUAACUAAUGUGGAAAUUUUCUGCAAUUGCAUAAUUUUCCCAUUGGCAGCCAAACAUCAAUAGCAAAUAUAUAUUUCAGUUCCACUAAGCUGGUACCUUAAUCCAGUUUAUUAACAGUAAGAUUUGUUAUUUAAGGACUCCCAUUUGCAAUAUAUAAAUAUUCUGAGAUGUUACAUUUAUUUUCACAAAUAAUAAGAGCUAUAAUGACUAUUUAGAUUCCAUUUAAAUAGCAUAAUAUACACUGUGCUUAUGUGCGUAUAUAAUACACAUAUCUACAUGUGUGGAUAAAUAAUACAUGUGUGUACAUAUACACAUGUAUUUUCAUACAUGUAUAUAAAGUCAUCAUACAUUACAAGUGUAUUUCACUCCUUACAGAUUUUUCUCUAUUGCAAGAUAUUUAUAUGCUGAUCAAAAGUUCUCUUACUUACACUCUAUACUACAGUAGACUAAUGCUCUAUAAAUCAGAAAUAGAUUCAGAACACAAAUAUUUAGGCCAUCACUACUUUGGCCGAAAAAGGUAACCCAAUUUAAGAUAAAGAAACUCAACCAGCAGAUCAAACGAUAGACAUAGCAGGUGUGUUGGAAUGCCUGUGCAGAUGGCAUGCGUACACACAGGACCACAAGGGGAAAAGUCACAAGGAGGUGGCUCCCUUCCUCUAAUGCUCCUCCUCAUCAUCUUGGCCAUCUUCCUCCCAAAUUCCCAGCAUCACUUUCCUGGGAUGAAGCAGCCUGCUCCUGGCUACCUGUGAGCAAAUGGCUGGAAAUGGGAAAAGAAUCUAGGAUUUGAGGGGUUGAGUGUCCUCGGACUACAGGAGGCUGACCCUGGUCACUGUCCCUCUGGCUACUGAGAUCUCAAGAAAAUACCCACUUCCUGCCAUCUCUAACCUUGUCUCUUUUUUUUUUUUUUUGAUCUUUUUUUUUCAUUUUUCUUUAUUAUGAAAUUUUCUACUUACUCCACAUACCACCCACAGAUUCCCCUCUCCUCCCUCCUCCCACUCCCCACCCCUCUCUCCCAAGUCACCCCGCAUCCCCACAUCCCCCACAUCAAGGUCUCCCAUGGGGAGUUAGCAGAGCCUGGCACACUGAGCCUAUCUAACCUUGUCUUUACCUCAAAGCAUCUAUGCCUUCUGAAUUCCCUCCUCUGUAUCAAGUAAUCAUGCCUGGCCCACAUCUCAAUUAACGUUAAGUAAAACGGAUUUUUCCCAAACAGAAGAAAUCCACACAAGUUUUCAACAAGAGUGAUGAAGCUUACAAAGCCAAUCCAUUUUCUGCUCUAAGAAUUUUUGUACAGGCAGAAGUACAAAAAUUUAAAAAGGGGAGGGGACCCUACUCAUAAUGCAAUCACAACUAGUGAGGACACUCCAUAGAUGUCACAGGUACAAGCCCUGGGGGUUGUCCGGACAAGUUUUACACUCUCAUUGUUGACAAGAUCCUCUAACAACACCGACAGCAUAAAUUCCUCGGCCUAGGCUAAAAGAAGACUAUCCUAACGAAACAGAAGAGUUGGGAAGGAGGGAGACAGGAGGAGCUCCAAGGGAGGAAUGUCUAAUCUAACACUACUUUAAGAAGUUGAGUUUGCCGGGCAGUGGCGGCGCACACCUAUAAUCCCAGCACUCAGGAGGCAGAGGCAGGCGGAUCUCUGUGAGUUCGAGGCCAGCCUGGUUUACAGAGCAAGUUCCAAUACAGCCAGGGCUACACAGAAAAACCCUGUCUCGAAAACAAAACAAAAAGUUGAACUCAGGUAGAAAAAAAUGGAUAAAGGCAGAUGCCCGAUUACUCAUCCAGGAAAUCAUUCUACAGUGGUGCAUGUGGCUGUGUGCCAAGGCACACAAGGAGCUGGUAGGCAGUAGCCAUAUGUUAAAAGAAUUAUAAAACUGUAUACAAUGUGUUUGAAGUAGACAGUAAGGGAAAUAACAAAAAUACCAUUUGAAAAAAAAAAUUAGGGGGGAAAAAGAUGCCAUUAUUUGAGAAUCCAUGUGUUUUUAGAGGCUUUGCAUAUUAUAAUCACAAGGAUCUCCAGCCAAGUUCAACACGACUGGAAAUUAAACAUUCAAUUAACUCAAAGCCAAAUAUUCACCAUAAUAAUCCCUUCUGUUUACAAGAGUUGAACUUCAAAGAAUGGAGUAAGAUCAUCACAAUUAGGUCUCGAUCCUAAAGCUUAGGAAGACAGACAGACAGAAGGUGCUGACGUCCAAUAAAUUAUGCAUUCUUACAUCCAAAGUUUAUUAUAUUCAUCCAAAAGGAUUUCACAGCAACACAUCACUCACAAAUGUGUGUACCUCUGGCAUGGUUUCAGAGGCUAUAACUUCCCUGAAAUCUGUAAAGCUUUAAUAUUGGCUUUGGGAGAAUUAUUUUAAUAGUCAAAGAAUGUUUUAUUAGAGUUCUUUGUGUUCAAGCUUGGCCUUUCUCAUAACAACUCAUACUCUCUGAAAGCAGAAAAAUCUAUCUCUUCUUUAUCAAGUUCAUGUAACUAUUUUUAGAGAUGCCAAAUCUUUCUAGAAACACUGGAAUUAUUGUUUUCUAAAUGGAAUCACAUAAUGUUUGUACCAAUUAAAAAGGCUUUUUUCGCCCAA